AUGGUAGCAGAUACAAAAUUGUACGAUGUCUUAAAGGUUAGUCCGGAUGUCAACGAAUCGGAUCUCAAAAAGGCAUACCGGAAGCUGGCCUUGAAGUAUCAUCCGGAUAAGAAUCCAAAUGGUGAGCAACAGUUCAAAGAAAUUUCCUUGGCGUACGAAAUUCUGAGUGACCCUCAACGCAGAAAGAUGUAUGAUCAGUUUGGUAUUACUGAAGGGAAUGCUGCACCUCCUGGAGGAGACGCCGGUCCUGGCGCUGGUGCUGGCGCUGGAUUUGGCGGCUUCCCGGGAGGAGGUGGUGGUGCUCGCACCUUCCACUUCAAUAUGGGCGGCGGUCCUGGAGGAGGUUCUCAAUUCUUCAAUGCCAGUGAUCCCAACGAUAUCUUUGAACGUGUCUUCGGACAUGCCUUUGGCGGAGGCGGAGGCGGAAUGGAUGAAGACAUGGAUAUGGAUGGCGGAUUCGGCGGUGGCAUGCCGGGUGGAUUCGCUAGCAUGUUUGGCGGCGGCGGUGCUCGGCCCAAACCCAGUGCUCGUUCUUCCUUUGGUGGUGCUAGACCUCGUGGUCCUCCUCCUCAAAACGAAGUUGUAACCCGUCCUCUCAACAUUUCCCUUGAAGAGCUUUACACCGGUUGUACAAAGAAACUCAAAAUUACUAGACGAAUUCUUGCUGCCUCGGGUUCUUCCGUAAAGGCAGACCGAAUCUUAGAAGUUAAUAUCAAGCCUGGCUGGAAACCAGGCACCAAGGUUAAAUUUGCCGGUGAAGGCGAUGAAAAACCCGAUGGGUCAGUUCAAGAUAUCCAAUUUGUUCUAGGUGAAAAGCCCCAUCCCGUUUUUACUCGCCAAGGCGACGAUCUUCGCAUGUCUAUUGAACUUACUCUUAAAGAGGCUUUGCUUGGCUUCACUAAGCAAAUCACUACUAUUGAUGGCAAGAGAUUGAAAGUUUCGUCUUCUCUUCCCACCCAACCUGGUUAUGAGAUCAAAUAUCCAGGAUUCGGUAUGCCCUUGCCAAAGACACCUAGUCAACGUGGUAACAUGAUUAUUGAAUGCAAGGUGAAAGUUCCUUCAAAUCUGUCUGCUGAACAAAAGGCUGCUGCGGAAGCUUUUUAA